AUGAAGUAUUGUUCUUAUUGCGAUAAGCCAUUUGCCGAGAAAUUAUGGUGUAAAAAAUGUGAUCCUUGGUGUAUAAUUGAAGGAUGGACUAGUGGAAAUUCUGAUAUUGAUAAAUUCAUCAAAGAUACAAUAUUUGAUGAAAGACAUAUGCAAGAUGAUGGAAGUUGGAAAAAAUCGGUUCCUGAACCUUUGAAAGUUGCAUUGAAAAUGUUAAAAGGAUCAAGGGAUCUGUCAGCUGAAUAUUUUAAUGAGCUUAAAGCACAUUGGGAUUUAUGGAAA